GACAAAUCGUCUAUCGGCUGUCCUACUGUUACUUCCUCCUUUCUCUCUCAUUUCUACGCCACAAAAAGCACAAAUCGACACUAACAGUAGACCUCAAAUCAGCGAAGACUAUUUGGUUCCUAAAAUCGACCGAUCCCACUCAUCUAGACGUCACAACUAUAUACGAAAGUAACGAAGCAGUCUGGUGACCAUGAAGUAUUUAUCUAAGAGACAAAACAAAUUAGUACAGGCUAUAGAGAGAAAGGACUGGCCAGCAGUAACAGACAUCCUGGAAAAUGAACCGCACCUUAAUGAAACUGUGGAUUAUUUAUGCUGGACGCCAUUAAUUUACACUGCGAGGAACAACGCACCAGAUGAUGUGUUGGAGAAUAUGAUUGAAACGGCAACAGUUGAGUGUUUAGAACAACAGACGUCUGAUGGUUUCACUAUUCUCCAUUACUUGGUGGCCUACGCACGCGUCUCAGCAAUGAGACGCGUGUUGGAAAAAACCAACAAGAAGAUUAACACGAAAGACUACAUCAUUGGACAAACACCACUACAUUGCUGUCUACAGAGGAGGCUGACGCACGAGCAACACAAGGAAGUCGCAAUUUGCCUGAUCACCUUUGGCGCAUCGGUGACAAUAAAAGAUGAUAAUGGAAAGACGCCUCUUGAUUUUUAUGAUGAAAACAAAUGUAAAGGAUACGAAGAAACCACGAGAAGUGAAAAGAAACUAGAUUUAAAAGAAUUACUUGAAAAACUAUCAACUCCAUCAGAGAUUUUAGCCAGGGGUCCCGAUGCCGUCAAAGCAUUCAAAGAUGCACUUAAAAACGGUGAAAUAACAGUUGUUAAUUCAAGACUGAUGUUUCUUGGUCAAGAGGGUUCCGGGAAAACCUCUUGUGUUAAAGCCAUGCUGGGAAAAGUAUUUGAUAAGGAAGAGCCCUCAACCGAUGGUAUUGUUACAACUAAAACUGUCUUUCAAACUGUCGGUGAGGAUUACAGCAUAUGGGAGGAGCAGAAAGAUGGAGACGAGAUUGAACGAACUAAACAGAUACGCGAACACGCUAUCGCUACGAAUGUAGCAAAGACGUUCGAUUUCACUGCUUCUACGUCCUCAUCUGAUCGUGGAAGGAUAGCAUUUCCAUCUACGUCCGCAUCUCCUCUCGAAGGAACAUCAGCUGCAUCUGUAUCAGAAAUUGAUCCCAGGAAAAAGUCAUCUUUAUCCCCUGUGUUUAUCAGACGGUUUAAAGAAGAAACUAUAUCUGAAGACACGGGAGAAUCUACCGGUCUGCUUCAUGAAAUGCGAGUAUCGACCAAUCAACUUAAUGAAAUGCGCAAGAAAGUCAUCGACAAACUUGCCAACAAGAGUUCUGAACCUGAACGUAUCGACCAAUCAACUUAA